CGGUGUUCAUCCAUCACCCUAGCAGCAACCUCACUUCCGAUUUCUAUCUUCAACACAAACACAAAUUUUUGAAUUUGAGCGACUCACUUCCUCAACUCAAAAGUCGCUGAAUGGAAGCAUUUAAAGCUUGAAAAGUCCCCUCCUCACCCUUUGUUUCUUUAUCCUCGAGCUCAGAAAAGCACUGUAUAAGGAUCUAGAGCAUCAGGAACAGCUCUGAAUAAAGGCUUAAGCUUUGGUACACCCUUUAGGGUUCUUUUGAUACUUGUUACCAGUUCAACCGAGCAAUGGCGAGAAGCAACAACGGAAUUUCAGGUACAAUUGAUCUAACCGGCAAUCUUUCGCCGGAGAAGGUGGUGGAACUCACCGGAAAAGUGCACCAGCUGCCGUGCUGUAUCAAGUUCAAUGGUCCAUCUGAUGUUUCACAGUACUUCAAACCCAAAUCCACCGGUGUAAUUGUUGAUGGGUUAAGUGUGGAGGAAGCUCAUUUUAGAGGAAGGAAGCUUCAGGGUACUACUGUUGUAAUUCCUCAUGGCUAUUCUGGGUUUGUCUUGGGAAAGAAAAUGCCUGUUGAGAAAAGAAAAGGGUCCGAGGAAGAUUCAAGUUGCUGGGAGAUGAAGGCAAAGUUCCAAAACAUAACAUUGUGGAACCAUGAUUCUCUUCCCUCAGAAAAUGAUGCUUCUUUGCGUGCCUUCCACCUAUUUUCUGUUGCAACAGCACUGCACCAACCAGUCAGUCUUGAAGACCUGGAAGCUGCAUCAAUCGAUCAAGAAUUAGAGCUAUAAAUUGGCAAUAUGAGGAUAUAACCUCCACAAUGAGCAGUACAUUUCGAGCUCGUUUAUGCUCUUUCCCAGUUCAUGGACAGCGUUCUUCAUUAUCUAUCUAUAGUAUCAGGACUCCAUUUAUCAUGUGUCUAACAUGUACAAGCGCUAACAUACUAAAACAUGUAUUUUGUAUAUCUCAAAAAAUUCCCUUCGUUUCU